AUGGGGGACCAGCAAUUGUACAAAACUAACCAUACUGCCAACAGCAAUGAGAACUUGUACUACCAACAACACCAAAUGAACUCCCUUCCACCUCUAAAUCAUAGCUAUGGGACAUCUGUUAUGGAUGCUCCCCAGACAUCUCCUCUCUCCCCUCAGUUUCCCCAAGAUUCAAGAGACAGUAUAGCUUUGCCUGUAGGUUCAAAAAGUCUUGGGUCAAUGGACACAUCUAGACAAACCAGUUGGACACAUUCUGGCUCAGGAAACCAUGUCCCAGUGAGGAACAGUUUGAAUAGUCAAAGCGCAAUGUGGAGCCCCCUCGGGCAAGGGGAGUCCCAUGAUGGAUACCAAUAUUCUUACUCUCAACCCAAUGAAAAUCGAUCACAAAAAAUUACCAGUGGGGUUCUGCAUAAAUUGGAUUCCUUUACACAAGUAUUUGCUAACCAAAAUCUGAGAAUUCAAGUCAACAACAUGGCUCAGGUUUUGCACACUGAGUCUUCAAUGGUGGAUAACUCUAGUGACAGCGCACUCAGGCAACUGCUGUCCCAGAAGCCAGCAGUAGAGCAACAACCUGUAACUUCCAGUGUGCAAAGAUAUCAACUACUGCCACAGCAGGGACACCAGAAUUUUGCAAGUACACAGCAAAAACAACAAAUGCAAGUCAUGCAGCACCAACAGUUGUACUACGACUACCAGCAGCAUUUAUCGCAGAUGCAGAUGCAUUCUGCCUUUCAGCAAAGGCAGAACCACACUCAACAAAUGCAGUCCCCACAGCUCUUACCGCAGCAGAUGCAGCACUUGCAGCAGACUCAGUACUACGCUCAGCCACAGCAGGGACAUCAGCGGCUAUCAAUACAGGAGAUCCAGCAGCAGCCAACUCGACAGCAGCAGCAGUGUCCAGUGCCAAUAGCUCAGUAUUACCAAGCCCAGCCUGUCAUGCAGCAGUUACAGCAACAGCAGCAACAGAUGCAAUUGCCGCUUCCUCCGUAUCACAGGGAACCUGACCCAAAGACUGUGCAUGAGCCACACCAGUACUCUCAGGAUACAAGUCAUCCUGUGCAGCUUAUCCAGUUGGGAGCAGUGCCUCAGUAUUGCUACCAAGAUCCCCAUGAACAGUACAGGCACUUGUACCCACAGAGUUUACUGCAGCAGCAGCAAGAUCAGCAGAAGCAAUAUCCAAGUGAGAGCAGAGUGCUGCCUCUGAACUCCCACAUUGGUCUCAGUCCACCAGAGACCACAGAGGAUGCCACAUUGCAAGAGCUUAAUUCUGCGGGUAAUGCUGUCCCUCAUCGAACUCCUUUGCCACCCUUGGGAGUUCAUUUGAACAAUAAAAGCUCUCAGCAAGACUCUCCCAGCACCAUGUGGCCUCAGGCACCACUGUCAGAUGGCAGACUGCAGCCACUGUCCCCAGAACAAAGUGGCCAGAACAGAGAAACACUUCCUGAGAGAGCUGAUGUGAAGAACAGGCUAAUGUGUUCAGUAUGCUUGAAAGAGUUUAAGAGUUUGCCUGCUCUAAAUGGUCACAUGAGGUCACACGGAGGAGUAAGAGCAUCUCCUAACUUCAAACAGGAAAUCAGCAAAAAACCUCCUCAAAGUGCUGUAAAAUUGGAAGAAAACUUCAAACCACUGCAGGACAAGAAGAAGUAUCGACAUAGACCUGAGCCUCUCUUCAUACCUCCUCCUUCCUUCAACUUCAGUAUGUCCCACUCUGGUGCCACCCUGUACCAGAGUCAGCUCCGCUCUCCUCGUGUUCUUGGAGAUCAUCUGCUAGACCGGACGCAUGAGCUCCCCCCCUACACUCCACCACCAAUGCUUAGUCCAGUUCGGCAAGGGUCUGGUCUCUUCAGCAGUGUUAUCACAUCAUCUCAUAACACCUCACACACUCAGCUGCCACUUACUCCACUGACACCUACUCCACGUGUGCUCCUGUGUCGGUCUAAUAGUAUUGAUGGAAGUGUCGUUCCAGUGACACCUGGGCCUGGAGAACAGACUGUUGAACCACGAAUCAAUAUUGGGUCCAGGUUCCAGGCUGAUAUUCCUGAGCUGCAGGACCGAUUGCUAAUGGAGAAAGAUGUCCACAAGGCUACUUUGGUUUGGAAACCAUGGCCAGAACUGGAGAACAAGGGUUUCCAACAAAGAGUGGAAGACCUUCUAAAUAUGAGCUGUUCCAGUGUGUUACCUGGUGGAGGAACUAACUCAGAAUAUGCUUUGCACUCUCUCUUUGAAGCAAAAGGAGAUAUUAUGCUUGCUCUUGAGAAGCUGCUGUUGAGAAAGCCAGUGAGAUUGAAGUGUCAUCCUUUGGCAAAUUACCACUACGCAGGCUCUGACAAAUGGACACAUCAAGAAAGGAGGCUGUUCAAAGAGGCGUUGUCCACCUACAGUAAAGAUUUCGUUUUUGUACAGAAAAUGGUUAAGUCCAAGACGGUUGCCCAAUGUGUGGAAUACUACUAUACCUGGAAAAAAAUCUUGCGCUUGGGACGGAAGCACAGAACACGUUUAGAGAAAAAAAGAGAGGAAUGCCUGACAAGUGGAGAAGAAGACGUGUUAGAAGAAGAUGAGGACAUCGAAGAAGAUAGAAAGGAAGAAAGGGAAAUGCAGAAGUCUCCUGACCCACCAGCUAUCCCCCUUGUUGGACCUAUAGAUCUUCCUGCCCUUCAGAAUCUGUCACUUUCUUCGUCCUUCAUCUGUGAAAUGCCAAAUUGUGGUGCUGUGUUCAGCUCCCGACAAGCACUAAAUGGCCAUGCUCGUGUUCAUGGAGGUACGAACCAGGUGACAAAACCACGAUGCACCAUUCCAGGUGCUAAGCAGAAAUCUGGUACUCAGAGUGGAUACUGCUCCAUCAAAAGUUCACCUGCCCACAGCACAACGAGCGGUGAGACCGACCCAACCACAAUAUUUCCUUGCAAGGAGUGUGGCAAGGUAUUUUUUAAAAUCAAAAGCCGCAAUGCUCAUAUGAAGACUCACAGACAACAAGAAGAACAGCAGAGGCAGAAGGCUCAGAAAGCUGCUGUAGCAGCAGAAAUGGCAGCCACUAUUGCAAGAACUACUGGGCCAGUUGGGCAUGGUUUGAUCCCUCUGGAUCACAUGAGUUUGGCUAAACAUGUUGAAAAUGUUGGUGACAUUGAUGAUGAUGUUGUUCAGGAGCUGGGUGAUGUCAUGGAAGAAAAUGAAGUCAUGGAUGCUGACCUUUUAUUGGAUGAUGAAGAUGCCGAUCUACUGCAGGAUGAUGCUGAGUUGUAA